CGUUGAGCUCCUCCCCAUUCCUUAUAUGUCUCGUUGCGCGUUUCGCCUGAAUCCAUCCUCUUUUGCUCCCUUCGCCCCGAGAAGAGCAAUGGCUGAUGCCAGCAUCCUGGCUCUCGAAGCACCCAUCGCCAAACUCAUGUCCUUUGCUCUCCUUCACCCUAUCUUUUCUCACUCACCUCCUCUCCUCAUCCUCUCCGUCAAACCCUCGUUCUCUACUCCCAGUAUCAGUAGUAGUAGUUGUAGCAGUAGUAGAAGAGGAAGAACCCAGCAGAGCUCUCGCUCCUUUCUUCUUCCAAAGGAAAAAAACUCCAGAUUGUGUGGCAAGCAAUACUGGCAUUGUCAAUAUGGAGGAAGCUGAAGCUGAAGUUGCGGAAGGAUACACGAUGACUCAAUUCUGUGACAAAAUGAUUGAGUACUUCAUGCAUGAAAAACCCCAAACAAAGGAUUGGAGGAAGCUCUUGGUGUUCAGAGAUGAUUGGAAGAAGUACAAAGAGAGCUUCUUUGGUCGGUGUCAAGUACGUGCAGAAACUGAGGAAGAUCCAGUGAUGAAACAAAAGCUGGUUGGUCUUGCCAGAAAAAUGAAGAAGAUAGAUGAUGAAAUAGAAGAUCAUAUGGAACUUCUGAAAGAGAUACAAGAGAGCCCGCUAGAUAUUAAUGCUGUUGUUGCAAGAAGGCGGAGGGACUUCACUCGAGAAUUUUUCCAUCACCUUAAUGUACUUUCAGACAGUUUUGACAGCCUGGAGGAUCGAGAUGCAAUGGCUAGGCUUGGAGCUAAAUGUUUGUCUGCAGUCCGUGCAUAUGACAAUGCAUUGGAGCAGCUAGAGACAUUGGAUGCUGCUCAGUCAAAGUUUGAUGAUAUAUUGAAUUCCCCUUCAUUAGAUGAGGCAUGUGAAAAGAUAAAGAGCUUAGCUAAGGCAAAGGAACUUGAUUCAUCACUGAUUCUUCUGAUCAACAGAGCUUGGGCAGCAGCAAAAGAAUCUACAACCAUGAAAAACGAGGUUAAAGAAAUAAUGCGUCAUAUUUAUAAAGAGACAAAUAGAAGUCUUAAAAGCAUUGCAGCACCAGACAUAAAGCUUCUCAAGCACCUGUUGAACAUCACAGAUCCUGAAGAGCGAUUUUCAGCGCUAGCUACUGCUUUCUCUCCAGGAGAUGAGCAUGAAGCCAAGGAUGUUGACGCUUUGUACACAACUCCCAAGGAGCUGCAUAAAUGGAUUAAGAUCAUGCUUGAUGCCUACCAUCUUAACAAAGAGGAGACUGACCUGAUGGAAGCCAGGCGGAUGAGUGAUCCUGUGGUAAUUCAGAGGCUUUUUAUUCUCAAGGAAACAAUCGAGGAAGAAUACAUGAAACGGCAUUCGCAGACGGAAGAAGACCGAGAAUCGAAAGAGUGAAACCUGUCUAUCAGUCAUGUCAUGUCAGUUAUAACGUGAUAGAUCAAUGGUUCCUUUCAAGUUUGAUUUUACAUUGAUGAGGGAGAUAUUUAUACCUCAGCUGUGGCUCUAAAUAUUGCAGUGGCCUCACCAUUCGACCUAUGAGGAAUGUGAUUGCGUGGGUCUUUGCUUUGCCUGCUAUUGUGCCUACUUUUAUCUUGAUUAGAUUUCAGUCCUGAGGGCAGUUUUAGUUUUCUAGAUGUGGCAGUGUGGAUGACUGAUGAGGCUAAUUCAAGAAAAAAAGUGUGUUGAUA